GAUCUUCUUUCUGUAAUCCUGUUUGCUCAGACACUAAGAUUAAGAUUAGUCUGUGCUCAGUGGGCAUGGUAAUUUCUGGCCACGCCCACUGACCUCAGAGUCGGUGUGUGUGUGUGAUUAGGGUGGAUUUAGACGCAGGCUGGCAGCAGUUGAAGAUGCAGAGCGGCCCUGUGAGACAACGUCUCUCUGAUGUCAGGGGGCGACCUGGGCUCUAUCUGUGACAUCAUCAGCAGGUGUCACCCUCCCAUGGUGCCCUGCAGCCGCUGUGGUCGCCAUGGGAGACGAAUCGUUCCCAGAAUGCCGUGCCCAGGAGCUGUUUGAUGAGUUUGUGUCGGCGUCGACCUGCAGGGCGGUGCUGUGGUCCUUCGGUCAGCUGUGUGAACACCUGCGGCUGGACCGCAGCACUGCAGAGAAGCCCCUGUACCGACCAAUCAAAAAACGGCUUAACUACUGGAAGGCCAAUCCCCUGUGGUCGAAACUGGAUCGAAGGGCCGCCCAGACCGCGUACAUGAGGGCCCGCGCCUGUUCCAACACCACUGUUGUGAUCAUAGGGGCGGGCCCUUGUGGUCUGAGGACAGCAGUGGAGCUAGGUUUCAUGGGAGCUCGGGUGGUGCUGUUAGAGAAGAGGGACUCGUUCUCCAGGAACAACGUGCUGCACCUGUGGCCCUACACCAUCCACGACCUGCGGGGCCUCGGUGCCAAAAAGUUCUACGGGAAGUUCUGCGCCGGCUCCAUCGACCACAUCAGUAUCCGACAGCUGCAGCUCAUCCUGCUGAAGGUGGCCUUACUGCUGGGGGUGGAGGUCCAUGUGAACGUGGAGUUCAAGAAGCUGGUGGAGCCGCCGGAGGACCAGAGCAGACGCAAGCUGGGCUGGAGGAUGGAGGUGAGUCCAAAGGCUGAACCGCUGAACCAGCUGGAGUUUGAUGUGAUCAUAGGAGCAGAUGGACGCAGGAACACCCUGCCAGGCUUCAGACGUAAAGAGUUCAGGGGGAAGUUGGCCAUCGCCAUUACAGCAAACUUUAAAAACAGGAACACCACAGCUGAGGCCAAAGUGGAGGAGAUCAGUGGAGUCGCCUUCAUCUUCAACCAGAGGUUCUUCCAGGAACUACGACAGGAAACUGGGAUCGACCUGGAGAACAUUGUGUACUACAAAGAUGACACGCACUACUUUGUGAUGACGGCAAAGAAACAGAGUCUGCUGGACAAAGGAGUCAUACUUCAGGACUUUGCAGACACAGAGCAGCUCCUCUCUCGGUGCAACGUGGACCAAAAUGCAUUGCAGGCGUACGCCCGGGAGGCCGCAAACUUCUCAACCAAUCAUCAGCUGCCUUCCCUGGACUUCGCCAUGAACCACUAUGGUCAGCCCGACGUCGCCAUGUUUGACUUCACCUGCAUGUACGCCUCUGAAAACGCUGCCAUGGUCUGCCAACGCAACGGACACCAGCUGCUCGUCAGUCUGGUGGGAGACAGUCUACUGGAGCCGUUCUGGCCCAUGGGGACCGGUAUAGCUCGGGGUUUUUUGGCAGCUCUGGACUCGGCCUGGAUGAUCAGGAGCUGGUCUCAAGGAGGAGCCGCUCUGGACGUGCUGGCAGAGAGAGAGUCGGUGUACCGUCUCCUUGCUCAGACAACUCCAGAGAACCUUCAGAAGAACUUCAGUUUGUUUACAGUUGAUCCAACAACAAGAUACCCGAACAUCAACACACAGAUCAUCACACCUGCUCAGGUGAGACACCUGGUGAACACAGGCGAAGGAACAAAUAAUGUUUCAGAUGAUGACAUCAUUUGUCGACCAUCAUCUGGACUCGUCCGUCAGAGUUCUGUCUCUCAGUCCAAUAAGUUGCUGUCUUGGUGUCAGGACCAGACACAGGGUUACCAUGGCGUCUCGGUUAGUGACCUGACUACUUCCUGGAAGAGCGGCCUGGCCCUGUGUGCUCUGAUUCAUCGAUACCGACCUGAUCUCAUAGACUUCGAUUCUCUGGACAAGUCUUCUGUGGAGGAAAACACUCGUCUGGGCUUCGACGUGGCUGAGCGGGAGUUUGGGAUUUCUCCUCUGAUGACGGUGGAGGAGAUGUCUUUAGUGGGAGAGCCAGACUCUCUGUCCAUGGUGAUGUACCUGAUCCAGUUCUACCAGCUGCUCAAAGACACACCGCCCCCUGCUGGCUGUCUGAGUCAGAUUUCGGACCUGAGAUCAGCUCUCAUCGCACCGGCCUCGCUGCUCAGCAGAAUGGGACUCAGUCCAUCCAGGAAGAGGAAUCCAAAGGAGCUGAGAGAAGCUCGAGGUAAACGGAGGAAGACCAGCCAAGAGCAGCUGGAGUCAUGUGACCUGAACGGAGGCGACGACAGCCAGGUGAACGAUGUGGGCGGGUCCAGUCACUCCAAAGUGCGUCUGAUGGCCAAUCAGCUGCAGGCGAAGCUGGAAGAGAACUCCACUCCCAGCAAGACUUCGUCUGCUUCUUCUUCUGUUGCAGCAACACGUCGACAACAGGGGGAGCUGGUGUCUCUACCACAGUCUCCAGAAUGCCCUUCCACUGAAGCUACAGUACAGCCGUCAUCAUGGAGACCGAGGAAAAGAACCCUUCAACAGGAGCAGUUGAGUUUUCGAUUCAAAGAGAAGAUCAGGUCUCAGUCUGCUCUCAGCGGAAAGGAGCAGACUAGUGAAGUGAGCUCAUUGGCUGAGCAAAUUACCAAUCAGAUUCAGAGUCCGGAGGAAGUGACCUCGUCCUCAGGCCAGUGUUAUUUCUGUAAGGACCGGGUCUAUCUGAUGGAGCGGCUGAGCGCUGAGGGUUUGUUUUUCCAUCGCACCUGUUUUCAGUGUUUCACCUGUAACUCCGCCCUCAGACUGGCUGCCUACACCUUUGACCACUCCACAGGGAGGUUUUACUGCCUGCAGAACUGUGACUCGGAUCUCAACGCUCCGGGUGUGAGGAGGAGGACUGACAGAUCUGCUUCUCUACAAACAUCCACUGUGUCUCUAAGCUCCGCCCCCUCGCUCUGUUCUGCAAACUCCCUGGUCUCUCUGGCCCGUCGCCGCUCCUCAGCGGUUUCUAUGAAGACGGCCACGCCCGAGAGGAUCGAGCUGGAAAACUACCGCUGCAGCUCGACCACGAAGGCGGGGCUUCUAGAGGAGGGGGAGGAGCCUGAAGAGGUCUCAGAGGAGGUGCUGAAUCGCUUCAAUCUUGACUUGGACCUGGACCUGGCCGUUGAGAAGAAACCAGAGGACAAGUCCAGCUCAGAGUCAGAGAUGGAAGAGGAGGAUGAGGAGGUUGGAGCAACAUGGAGAGAAACUCUGCUGCUCCAUCUGAGACGCAACAAGGAGAAGGAGGAGGAGGAGGAGGGAGAGGAGGAUGAGGAGGAGGAUGAAGAGGAAGAGGGAGAGAUGGAGGAUGAUGGAGAGGAGGCAGACAGUGAGAUGGAGUCCAGUGACGGAAGUGACAUCAUCACACACUCAAGCACACCUGUGGAGCCAGACUCCACCUCCAGCCAUCCAUCUUUCACAACCAACUCAACUCCUCUUGAGCCCCGCCCACAUGUCUACACGCCCUCCACCUCUUCCUUCAUCACCAUACCAGACUCCACCCAUGAUGAUGGGGACUCAAUUUCGCCCACACUGAUCAAACCUUUUGUUAUCACGGAAGACCAGGGACCAGGAAAAAAGCACUCAAGUAGCGGUCGAGGCUCAUUUGAUGACAUCAGCCCGGAAGUUCCUCCUCUGAAGCAGGACAGAGAGGCAGAGCCAGAGAAGGAGGGGCUUCAGCUGGAGCUGGAGGGGGUGGAGUCAGAAGUAGAGAGAUGGAGGAGGAGACACAAAGGAGCACACACCCUCCCCCCUCGCCUGCCCCCUCUGCAGGCUGGUAGCGGAUCACUUCUACGCCAGCUGAAAGGAGUCAAAGAGGCUCCGCCUACAAGACAGCUGGAGAUGGAUGGGGGUGGAGCCAGAGCCCUGUUGAGGGCGGUGUUUUCUGGAAACAGGAUGGAGAAGAGGAAGAAGAAGAGGGGCGCAACUUUACCUGUUGAGAGGAUGAAGAAGGAAGCAACCAAUCAUAAAAGAGGAACAGGUGUGUGGAGAGGUCUGACGGAGGAGUCCGACCUGGAGUCAUCGGUCCUGCUGCACAGGUGUUCACUGAAUCCCAGAACCAAUCCUGCGUACGUCCCUCACGCUCUGGCCUUUAAACGAGCGUAUGCCGUCAAGAGACGUUCUAAGAAGGACUCGGCCGCCCUCCAGGACUCAGAUGGACACUCUUCGUGUCCCACCGAGGUGGUGGGGGUUCUGGCCCAGCCUAAAGAGCAGUCCAGUUUGAGUGUAAAGGAGACUCUAUUCCAGAGGGGACAGGAGGAGGACAACGAAGACUUGGACGCCAAAAUCACACGACGAGUCCAGAGAGCUGCGAGACGGACGGCGAAACAAGACCAGCUGAAGAGACUCCACAAAGCUCAGAUGAUCCAGAGGCAGCUGCAGCAGGUGGAGGAAAAGCAGGGACAGCUGGAGGAGAGAGGAGUGAUGGUGGAGAAAGCUCUGAGAGGAGAAGCAGAUUACUGGGGAGAAAAUGACGGCCCAGACUUGGAGCUCCACCUGGAAGGUCUUGGCAAAUUGGAGAAUCCAGCUCUGAUGCAGCAGUUGUUUCAGCUGGUCCAGCAGAAGAACUCUCUGCUCCGCUACGAGUCUGAACUCAUGAUAUUUGCUCGGGAGCUGGAGUUGGAGGACCGUCAGAGUCGUCUGCAGCAGGAACUCAGGGAGAGGAUGGCCGUCGAUGACCACCUGAAGGCGGCAUGUCAGCUGGUGGAGGAGCGUCUGAUCCUGGAGGAGAUGUUGGAGGUGGUGGAGCAGAGAGACGCUCUGGUAUCUCUGCUGGAGGAGCAGAGACUGCAAGAACGACAGGAGGACCAGGAUCUGGAGCAGGUCAUGAUGGCCCAAGGACUCAGCCUCAGCUGGAACUGAACCAGUUUGAACUGGUCUAAACUGGUUUGAACUCAGAAAGAGAGAGAGAGUGGUUGAAGGUUGAGAUUUUUGGGUCUCUUUAAUCGUGGGAAGAAAAAUCAAGGACUCAAAGUGUGAAAUAUUUAUGAUGUAUUAAUCUAACAUUUACCACACUUUAAUGUUGGAUUAUUCAGUCAGAAAGUAUCAGUUUGGCUUUUGUACCAAAAAGAGGUUGUUUUUUCCUGACUGUCAAACAGCCAGCAGAGGGUGCUGCUCUCUUACUAUCAAGACACUCAACUACACAUUGAUCUGUUAACUCCUUUCUAAUAAAGAUAGCACUGAGUAAAUCUGUGACAUAGGCUACUACCCAGCCAGAACUCUGACUUUAUGCCUAAUCCUAACCCUUGGAAUUGAUCAGUGGACUAUAGUGGGACUAUAGUGGGACUAUCGGUGGACUUCAUCCCUAACCCUAACCCUUAGUAUUUGUCCGUGGACUUAGUCCCUAAACCUAACCCUUAGUAUUUGUCCUUGGACUUCAUCCCUAAACCUAACCCUUAGUAUUGCUGACUGGCGAACUAACGGUCGUUAAGCUAAGCAAAGCAGCCUCCACUCCUUGAAUUAACAAUGAAUACAAAUUGUAGAAGUUUCAUACGUCUGAGUUUAACAAAGUGGAACUACUUAGUUAUAGUUAAUAAGGAGUUAACUCAGUAACUAGCAGUGUGUAAGAGCUCAGUCAUGUAUAUUUUUUUUAGCUUGAUAAGAACAGAACACUUGAAACAGUUUGUAUCAGAUAAAUGUAUUAAUGUGCCAAAUGUUAAUUAUGAAUAAUCAGCUGUCAUCAGACUCCACCUGUCAGCCUUACAUCACCUGACCACCUGAUCACGACCUAUUACAAACAAUGUCGGUGUGUUUAGAGGGUCAUGUGACUGAUCAGCUGAUUGUUACGUAACUUAUUUCAAAACACAAACAGCCAAAAAAACAAACUACAAAUUGACUUUUUAUCAACUUUAAUAAAAUAUUCUCACCUGAA